ACAAUUAAUUAAUAACAACCCCUUUACUUUUUGUGAACCCAAUUUCCAAAUCCGUCGUUAUCUCUUUCUCCUCUUGACUAAGCAAAAUGUUGAAAAAAGUGAGGCGAAAAGUCAAAGUCCUAAUCACCAAACCCUUUAAAAAGCCCAAGAACAGACCUUCAAGACCUCCAUCACCACCUCUUCCUCUUCCUCCUUCACCAUCUCCACCACCGCCUCAAGAAAUGUCUUCCUCAAGACAAAGAAACACUCCGUUUCUCUUCCCAAGAUCCGAUUCCUCUGUAUUACCCGACCCGUCUCGUUUCUUCAGCCACGAUCUCCUCUCAACUCCUCUCCCUACAAACUCAUUCUUCCAAAACUUCACUCUCAAAAAUGGCGACCAAGCUGAGUACUUUCACCCUUACAUCAUCAAACCCUCGACUUCAUCUCUCUCCAUCUCAUACCCAUCUCUCUCCCACAACUCUGCUUUCAUCUACGAAGCUUUCAACGCCGACAUCAUCAUAACCGGGUCAGAUGGACCCGACCCGCAUUCUCGAAAAACUCAUCUGAUCUCUUCCUUCAGCGAUCUCGGCGUCACUCUCGAUUUCCCUUCCUCUAAUCUCAGAUUCUUCCUCGUCAGAGGAAGCCCUUUCAUCACCUUCUCCGUUAACUCCUCCAUCACAAUCUCAACGAUCCACGCCGUUCUAUCACUUUCCGGUAACACCUCAUCAACAAAGUACACCGCCAAGCUCAACAACAACCAAACAUGGCUAAUCUACGCCUCUUCUCCGAUCAAUCUAACCAAAGACGGCGUUUCUUCCAUCAAUUGCGGUGCUGGGUUUUCGGGUAUUAUCCGAAUCGUCGUGUUACCAAAUCCAGAUUUUGAAUCAGUCCUCGACAGAUUCAGUUGCUGUUACCCAGUUUCCGGUGACGCUGAUUUCACAAAGCCCUUUGCUUUAGAGUAUAAAUGGGACAAACGAGGCUAUGGAGAUCUUCUAAUGCUAGCUCAUCCUCUUCAUCUCAAGCUUUUAUCAAACAACGAUUGUUCAAUCGCAGUUCUAGACAAUUUCAGAUACAACAGCAUCGACGGAGAUUUAGUAGGUGUCGUCGGAGAUUCAUGGGUUUUGAAACCAGACCCUGUUUCGGUAACAUGGCACUCUAUCAAAGGAGUUCAAGAAGAUUCUCACCAAGAGAUUAUCUCAGCUCUAAUCAAAGACGUAAACGCUUUAGAUUCAUCAGCUCCGGUCACGGACUCUUCGUAUUUUUACGCGAAAUUGAUCGCUAGAGCUGCGAGGUUAGCUUUAAUCGCUGAAGAAGUUUGUUAUCUCGAUGUGAUUCCAGCGAUUAGAACUUACUUGAAGAACAUGAUCGAGCCGUGGCUUAAUGGAAGUUUCGGACCAAAUGGGUUCUUAUAUGAUCCUAAAUGGGGAGGUUUGAUCACCAAGCUAGGAUCGAGAGAUACAGGAGCAGAUUUUGGGUUUGGGAUUUAUAAUGAUCAUCAUUAUCAUUUAGGCUACUUUGUUUAUGCGAUUGCUGUGCUUGCAAAGAUUGAUCCUUUAUGGGGAAAGAGAUACAAACCUCAAGCGUAUACUUUAAUGGCGGAUUACAUGACGUUGGGGAAGAAAGGAGCUAAGUCGAAUUCGAAUUACCCGCGUUUGAGAUGUUUUGAUCUUUUCAAGCUUCAUUCUUGGGCUGGAGGGUUAACGGAGUUCGCAGACGGGAGGAAUCAGGAGAGUACGAGUGAGGCUGUGAAUGCGUAUUACUCCGCCGCUUUGUUGGGGUUGGCUUACGGUGAUACACAUCUGGUGGCGGCCGCUUCGACGGUUCUGACUCUGGAGAUUCACGCCGCGAAAAUGUGGUGGCAGGUGAAAGAAGACGACGCUAUAUAUCCUCAAGACUUCACAUCGGAGAAUCGUGUGGUUGGAGUUUUAUGGUCAACAAAGAGAGACAGUGGCUUAUGGUUUGCGCCUAAAGAGUGGAAAGAGUGUCGCCUUGGGAUACAGUUAUUACCGUUACUUCCGGUAUCAGAAGUUCUAUUUUCCGAUGUAACAUUCGUGAAGCAGCUCGUGAAUUGGACAAUGCCGGCGUUGGCGAGAGACAGCGUCGGAGAAGGGUGGAAAGGAUUCGUGUAUGCUUUGGAAAGUAUUUACGACAAAGAUGGAGCAAUGGAGAAGAUUAAAGGAUUAAAUGGGUUUGAUGAUGGCAACUCUCUGAGUAAUCUUUUGUGGUGGAUUCACAGUAGAAACAAUGAUGAUGAUGAUGAUGAUUAUGAAGAAGACGAUGAAGGUGGUUAUGGUGGUCAUGGCGGUGGCGGGAAGUAUUGCUCGUUUGGUCAUUAUUGUAAUUAAGCUUUAAAUAAAUUGUUCGCGUUUUGGUUUGUUAAACAAUGCUUAUUUUAGCUUGUUUUAUAUAAUAAAACAAUGUUUUUUUUUGUUUUUGUAGCUA